AUGAAUGUGCUCGGGACAACAUUAAUUGAAGAUCCUCAAAUAACUGUGCCAAAUAGAAACCUGGAUAUACUUGAGGAUAUAACAUUCUACAUGUGUGAGUUUGUGCCUAUUAAUAUCAUAUGCAUUCUGAUUGAUAAGAAUUUGUUGAUAGAUGAGAAUUAUUUUGAACAGCCGAUGGUACAGUUGGCAGAAGAUGACACUCGAAGAAUGCUGAAACUGUUUCACUCUGUUUAUAAGUUCACGUUGUCGUGUAACCAUGACAAGGAUCAGCAGAAAAGGGAGAGGCUAAGUAAAGCAGUGAAAAACCAGCAGAAGGAAGUUCUGCACUAUCAUUCAACAUCUCCUAUGAACUACAGCUCUGUUUCCCCGGCAACAAGCAGAUUCAGGGACAAGAAUCUGAUGAAGAGACCUUUUCAAGAUCCUCAGAAGAAAACAUACAGUGGAGACCUCCUUGAUAAACAUUCGAAUUGGUUUACAGAAGCAAGACAGGCUUUCACGCCAAGAACAUUGAGGAAUAGAGCAAAGUCAUUCCUUUUGAAGUACAAAUAUUAUACAGCACCUAAAAACAUGCAAGGCAAUCCAAGUGUAACUCCAACAUAUAAUGAAAGCUUUACAGACAAGUCUCCAGUUCCGUUUCAUCUGGAGACAGACUGUCCAGUAUGGUAUCAAUCACAGGGAAUGCGGGAGUUGAAUCCUAGAAUCCGACACAGUUCCUCUUCAGUGAAAUUGAAGCUGAUGGCAUGGGAAGAUGAGAUGAAAUAUUUACAGUUUCUCAAAGAAGUAACGGAUGAUAUAUUGUGCAGAGGUUACCAUUCUAACAGGAUCCUGGAAAACAUUUUUCAAAUACACGUUGAAAGAAGCAAAUACCAUCUUAAUGAGGUAAACUACAGUUCAUGUUUGAUGAUCCAUGCAGUAAUUAUUGUGUGCACAGUGACAUCAGCAUAUAAGGCAGCUGUCAGAGUUUGA